AUGGUGCAGUCCCCGAAGAUAGAUUUUUCCCUAGUGAUGAAUGGGCAGGAAGAAAGGGUAGAUGGCAUAAGGGUAACAACAAAUUUCUUGAUGGAAAGUAUCAUGCCAUCUGAAAACCAAAACAUUCAACUUAGAAGCUCCCAUGGCAAUGUGGAAGAGCAAGGUAGAUAUGUUGAUGGUGGCCCUGGGGACCGUGGUACAAAGACUUUAAGACAACUGCAAGCUGAGGAAGAUGAUGAAGAAAGGUUCCAAGCAGACCUUAAGAAGGCCGUUCACCAAAGCCUUGAAACAUACCAAGCACGACAGAGACAGCGCUUGUCUUCAAAUUCGAGACCAGUACAAAGGGUACCUUCGGAAGUAAACAACCAAGGUGUAUCCGCAAAUGAGAUCUCCUGUGAAGGUUUGAAUGAAACUGAUGUGUUUGGUACAGGUCUUCUGAGUGAAGUUGGUGAAUACAAUUAUUUUCUGAAUGUUAUUAUACAGUCUUUGUGGCACUUGAGGCAAUUUCGUGAUGAAUUCUUUUGGAGAUCAGCAUCAGAUCAUGCUCAUGUGGGAGAUCCAUGUGUUGUCUGUGCACUGUAUGAAAUUUUCACUGCCCUGACCAUUGCAUCCAGUGAUGCACGGAGAGAACCAGUUGCCCCUACAUCACUUAGAAUAGCCCUUAGCAACUUGUAUCCAGAUAGUAAUUUUUUCCAAGAGGUUGGUUCAGUUUUUGUCCCACAUCACUUUUCUAAUUGUUUGGCAGAAUACAUGUGA